UAGUGGGUGUGGUUUCAUAAAAUUUUUGCAAGGAAAAUGGAAAAUACUGAUCUAUAACUUCAUUGAGAUGGUUUCUUAGGAUAAAACAAAGAAGCCUGUUGAACUAUCACAGUUUACACUGGAUGCCCACACCAGAAUCAUGAAUACAAUUAUUGGUCAAAAAGUCAACCUGGGCAUUGCCCCCUAAUGCCCAGGCCUGCAACCGCCUAUGAAUAUGGAAGACGUUAUGGCUUUGGAAGAUCAGUUCCAACACAAAAAUCUGACGAUGAUAAGAGGAAAGCUGUAGCAGGUGCUCUUGGUGGGGGAGAAGCUGAGGGGGACAAGAGUGAGAGACAGAGAGAGGAGGAGGAGAAGAGAAUAAAGGCACUCAUGAAGGGAAUGGCAUCAGCUGGAACUGAUGAUAUCCUCUCCAGUGCUAUGGUUGGUUCUAUUGUUGGUAUGCAAUCAUCAGAAAUAUUGCAAGUUGCCUCUGAAUACGAAGUUAAACGUGCUGAUUUAGAGUCUGCUCAACCAUCAGAGAAGGUCUUGGGUGCUCAGUCUCACCUUCGUCUUGUGACUGGACUACAGAAACAAAUUGCCUCCUUUGAAAAGAAAUGCUCCGAGGUUCAAGCUAAACAUGAUGAGUUGUAUUCUGAGUAUACUGAGGCUCAAGAGGAACUGGCAGAGGUUAUUAAGAGGAAGGAAAGGAUAGCUAGAGAAAUGGAGAAACUUAACGAAAUGGAAAAUGAAGAGAAUGCAGAAGUAUUGAAUCAGUUGAGGUCACUCGUAUCUAUGAAUGAGAGCUUGAAGAAACAAGAAACACAAUUCAAAGCACACUGUAAAGAAGAGAAGGAGAGGUUAAGUGGUCUCAUAGCUCAGUUGAAGCAUGGAGAUGAUGAGAGUGAAGACUCUGAGAGGGUAACUUCACUAAAGACUCUUCUUCAAACUGACCAAGAGAAACUACAGAAAAUUAGAACUUUACUGGCUCGCAAGAAUAGGGAGAUAGCUCAGUUGCAGAGGAAGAUUGAUGAAAUACCUUCAAGAGCUGAACUGACUCAAUAUCAAAGGAGAUUCAUUGAACUAUACAGUCAAGUGUCCUCCAUGUUAACUGAAACUAAACAAUACUUUACACUUUACAAUACACUUGAGGAUCAGAAAGCUUACAUGGAGAAAGAAGUUGGAAUAUUGACUUCAAUUCAUGAGAAAUUUGAUUUAGCAAUGAGUUCUGAUAAGAAUAAGGAGUUGUUCUUACAGCAAGUCCAGCAGAUAUUGGACGGUAUCAAGCAAGACAAGGAGCAGUUGGGUCAGAGAUGUGUCGAGGAGAGGAAAGAGAAAGAUCGACUGACAACCAUCCAUCUUGAUCUCAUUGACAAGCAAAGGAAGUAUUACAAAACUGUUAAAGACUUUCAAGAAGAGUGUCGCAAAAAUGAAACGCUGUUGUCAAAAAUUAAAACUAAAAAUCGCUAGACCUCGUGAUAAUUUAAGGGCUAGAAAUACAAUAUAAAAUUGCUGUUGUGUGUUACUUUAGUUAUUGAUAAAGUUUGUGUCAAUUGAAUAUUUUUAAACGAA